CGGGCCCAGCCGGGCUCCGGGCGGCGGCGGCCGCGGAGCAGCAGCCUCGGCGCGACGUGGAGGCUUGGAGGCGGCGGCGAUGCACUAGGCCUCGCUCUGGGGCGGCUGCCCGGGACCCGCAGUUGAGUGGUGAUUUAUGCAAUGGCUUCAAGCCACAGUUCUUCACCAGUGCCUCAAGGAAGCAGCAGUGAUAUUUUCUUUAAAAAAGAGGUAGACCCGACAAAACACAUUCGACCUGUGCAGUCACUGCCAGAUGUGUGUCCCAAGGAACCCACAGGUGAUUCAAAUAGUUUAUGUGUUGCCCCAUCUCUAGUUACAGAUCAACAUAGAUGGACUAUAUAUCAUUCCAAAGUAAAUCUCCCAGCAGCAUUAAAUGAUCCUAGAUUAGCAAAAAGAGAAUCUGACUUCUUCACAAAAACAUGGGGAUUGGACUUUGUGGACACUGAAGUCAUACCUUCAUUCUACCUCCCACAGAUCAGCAAGGAACAUUUUACAGUAUAUCAACAGGAAAUCUCUCAGAGAGAGAAGAUUCAUGAGAGAUGCAAGAAUAUUUGUCCCCCUAAAGAUACCUUUGACAGAACUCUCUUACAUACUCAUGAUAAAUCCAGGACAGAUCUGGAGCAAGUACCUAAGAUUUUUAUGAAGCCAGAUUUUGCCUUGGACGAUUCCUUAACUUUUAAUUCAGUUUUACCAUGGUCUCAUUUUAAUACUGCUGGUGGAAAAGGAAAUCGUGAUGCAGCUUCCUCAAAGUUGCUACAAGAAAAGCUGAGCCAUUAUCUGGAUAUUGUGGAAGUAAACAUUGCUCACCAGAUCUCUCUACGUUCAGAAGCAUUUUUUCAUGCAAUGACCUCUCAACACGAAUUGCAGGACUACCUCAAGAAAACUUCCCAGGCUGUAAAAAUACUUCGAGAUAAAAUUGCACAGAUUGAUAAAGUAAUGUGUGAAGGAUCACUACACAUUUUAAGACUGGCACUUACCAGAAAUAACUGUGUUAAAGUAUACAAUAAACUGAAGUUAAUGGCCACUGUACACCAGACUCAGCCUACAGUGCAGGUGUUGUUAUCUACUUCUGAAUUUGUUGGAGCAUUGGAUUUAAUAGCAACAACACAAGAGGUUCUACAGCAGGAACUUCAGGGCAUUCAUAGCUUCCGGCAUUUGGGAUCACAGCUUUGUGAAUUAGAAAAACUGAUAGAUAAAAUGAUGAUUGCAGAAUUUUCUACUUAUUCUCACAGUGACUUAAAUAGACCAUUGGAAGAUGACUGUCAAAUUUUAGAAGAGGAAAGACUAAUCUCUCUUGUAUUUGGACUUUUAAAACAAAGAAAACUUAAUUUUUUAGAAAUAUAUAGUGAAGAAAUGAUUAUUACAGCAAAGAAUAUCAUUAAGCAGUGUGUGAUUAAUAAAGUUUCACAAAUAGAAGAUAUAGACACAGAUGUUGUUUUGAAGCUUGCAGAUCAGAUGAGAAUGUUGAAUUUUCCUCAGUGGUUUGAUUUACUAACGAAUAUUUUCUCCAAGUUUACAAUUUUCCUACAGAGAGUUAAGGCAACCUUAAAUAUCAUUCAUAGUGUUGUUCUCUCAGUUCUUGACAAAAACCAAAGGACUAGAGAAUUGGAAGAGAUUUCACAACAGAAAAAUGCUGCGAAAGAUAAUUCGCUAGACACAGAAGUGGCUUAUUUAAUCCAUGAAGGCAUGUUUAUAAGUGAUGCAUUCAGUGAGAGUGAAUUAACACCUAUAGCCAUAGAUACUACCUCUCAAAGAAAUGCAUCUCCAAAUAGUGAGCCCUGCAGCAGUGAUUCUGUAUCUGAACCAGAAUGUACUACUGAUUCUUCAUCCAGCAAAGAGCAGAUAUCAUCAUCUGUUACUCCAGGAGCUGUGGAUAUUAUGGUCAAUGAAGAUGUGAAAUUAACUGACUUAGAGCUAGGAAAGCUGGCAAACAAUACCCAGGAGUUAUUGUAUAGUGCCUCAGAUAUAUGCCAUGAUCGAGCCGUCAAAUUUCUCAUGUCAAGAGCAAAGGAUGGUUUUCUUGAUAAGCUAAAUUCCACGGAAUUCAUAUCACUUUCCAGAUUAAUAGAAGCAUUCAUUUUAGAAACUGAACAGAUAUGUGGGAGAAAAAGCAUGUCAUUACUUGGAGCACUUCAGAGCCAAGCAAAUAAAUUUGUAAAUAGGUUUCAUGAAGAGAGAAAAACCAAACUCAGCCUUCUCUUAGACAAUGAACGCUGGAAGCAAGCUGAUGUUCCUGCAGAAUUUCAGGAUCUUGUUGAUUCUAUAUCAGAUGGAAAGAUUGCUUUACCUGAAAAAAAAUCAGGGGCUACAGAAGAAAGAAAACCAGCUGAAGUUCUUACUGUUGAGGGGCAACAGUAUGCUGUUGUUGGAACUGUAUUGCUGUUGAUAAGAAUUAUCCUUGAAUAUUGCCAGUGUGUGGAUAAUAUCCCAUCUGUGACUACUGACAUGCUCACUCGUCUAUCAGACUUAUUGAAGUACUUCAAUUCAAGAAGUUGCCAGUUAGUUCUUGGAGCUGGUGCACUGCAAGUUGUUGGACUAAAAACAAUAACUACAAAAAAUUUGGCUCUUUCUUCACGCUGUUUGCAGUUAAUUGUGCACUACAUUCCUGUGAUCCGGGCUCAUUUUGAAGCUCGACUGCAACCUAAGCAAUACAGUAUGCUUAGGCAUUUUGAUCAUAUCACUAAGGACUACCAUGACCACAUAGCUGAAAUAUCAGCUAAGCUUGUAGCGAUAAUGGAUAGCUUAUUUGACAAGCUGUUAUCUAAGUAUGAAGUGAAAGCUCCCGUUCCUUCUGCCUGUUUCAGGAAUAUUUGUAAGCAAAUGGCAAAAAUGCAUGAAGCUAUAUUUGAUCUCCUUCCUGAAGAACAAACGCAAAUGUUAUUUUUAAGAAUUAAUGCAAGUUACAAACUCCACUUGAAAAAGCAGUUAUCUCACUUAAAUGUGAUAAAUGAUGGAGGACCUCAAAAUGGGUUGGUCACAGCAGAUGUAGCUUUUUACACUGGAAAUCUUCAAGCCUUAAAAGGCCUUCAAGAUUUGGACCUAAAUAUGGCCGAGAUCUGGGAACAGAAAAGGUGAUGACAUACUGGAAAACUGGGUAGUUCAUCUGACCAGGGGAUGUGUGUUUAUGAUGGAAACAUGAACGCCUGUGACUCAAGAACUGAAUCUGGAGCCCACCGUGAACCGGGAUUGGGGAAGGGGAAAAGGAGUGUGUCCGUGUAGGGAAAGUGGGAUUCAGUGGGAUCUACAAGGAAUGCCAUUCGUGUG